GUAACACGUCCUUCUAAUGGGCGGCGCUUAUCGCGGCCUUUAGAAAAAACCCUCAAGCCAUUUUUGAAUGGAAACCGCCCAGGUUUAUUUCAUGCAUUAUUAAUUAACUUACUUUUCAUCGUAUACGUUGAAUACUGGCGUCUAUAAACAUCGCAUCGUUGUUUCCAGGAGCAGUACGAACGGAUUAAAGUGGCAAUGGAGGAGGUUCAGCAGAAUAACACCAAUGGCUCUGAGUCCCAACCUAUUGCCAUCCCAACAACUAUUACUGCCUCUCAAAUAUCACAGAUCGCACAGAUGUCUCUGGGUGGCUCGCAAGUGGCUGUGGUCCAGCUGCCCAGUGGUCAAUACCAGGUGCAAGGUGUGAUUCAGUCAGCUCAGUCCUCAGUUAUCCAGUCUCCUCCAGCACAAGCACAGGGUCAAGGAUCUGACAGUGAUGAUUCUCAAGAGUCAUCUGACAGUGGGUCCUCUAACCAGAAAUCAAGAGAUAUCUUGGUUCGCCGCCCAUCCUACAGGAAGAUUCUGAACGAUCUAUCAGCUGAGGAAGUGGCAACUCAGAAUGAGGAAAAUGAGGAAAACGCCACCUCCUCUACCAUAACAAAUGUCUCCCUCUCAACUCCGAUCUACCAAACAAGCACUGGCCAAUAUAUUGCGAUUUCAUCCAAUGGCUCUCUGCAGCUGGCUAGUACUGGAUCGGACGGGAUGCAAGGCCUGCAGACCCUCACCAUGAGCAACUCGAACCCAAACCAGCCAACUAUACUACAGUACGCCCAGACUGCCGACGGGCAACAAAUCUUACUGCCCAGCAACCAGGUUGUGCUGCAAGGUGCGGGAGGAGAAAUGCAAGCAUAUCAGAUCCGUUCCUCUUCCUCAUCGCUGCCUCAGACUGUUGUCAUGACAUCACCCGUUAUCAGCUCUCAGGGCAAGAGUGACGACCCACAAAUGAAGAGAGAGAUACGCCUCGCAAAAAACAGGGAGGCCGCCAGGGAGUGUCGCCGAAAGAAAAAGGAGUAUGUGAAGUGUUUGGAAAACCGCGUGGCUGUGCUGGAGAAUCAGAACAAGACUCUUAUCGAGGAGCUCAAGACAUUAAAGGACCUGUACUGUGUUAAAAGUGGCUAAUGGGACACCGCGCCAAUCACGCUAAAGGAACUUUACUAGCAGACCUGUCUGCACACAUGCUUAUACAAACACAGAAACAGUGACUUUUUGGCACAGGGAAUACAUUUAAUCCACUUCCUGUCAAAUGUUUGUUUUUAUAACUCAUUUUUAACUAACAGCCUAAGAACGAUUGACCAGAAACGACGACGACAAAUACGCUUUUCAAACUAAGGAUGUACUUUUCCGUGACAUCUUUUUAUUAGCAGUCAGCAGAUGUUUAUAUUUCUGUAUGUAUCUUGUGCAAGAUUGGCACGUCUACACUGGGAGUUCUUGCUUUGUUCUUGACCCAUUUGGUUUCCAGGGAAUCUUGAAUGUUAAUUUUAUUGAAAAGUUUUUUUUUUUUUGCUCGCAGUAGGAAUGCAGAAUUGACGGACUUGUAUUUUUACCUUAUCUUUGAUGCGCUUGUGUGUAUGAAAAUUGUGACGCGAUUGUUGUGUUCUUUGCAUUAUUUGCUAUGAUUGCCCCCAUUUAUGAAGCUCUGGUAUUCUUGUCCCCAUUCCGUGUUUUAUUUUAUGGAAUUUUAGUGCAACAUUUCCGAUUCAUAGACUGAACAGAAUUGAAGGCAAGGGCUUUAUUAUGAAAUCUAUGGCUAACAGUGGAAUACUUAAUAAGCUGAAUUAAGAAAACCGAAUUUAACUUGUCAUUUUUAGUCAAAGCUUUUGUAAUAUACGUCUAACUGGUCUGUAAGCCAUAUACACGCUUCAGUUGAUACGUUUUGAUGGUUUUAGUUAAUAGGUUCAUGUAUUACCGCUGUUUAUAAGUAAAGCUGUUACAAGACAAUCAGGGAGAAUACACCUGCACCUCACAAAGCAGGGGGAAAUCAAUAAACAAUGAACUAAAUAAAGAUGUCAUUUGUUUUUGGUAAGGUGAAACUAAAUAAAUAUUUUUUCAGCC